AUGACAGCCGCCGCCGCGUUGGCCGUGACGGUAGCAUUCACGUCUCCAUUCGCCAAAGUUGAUGUGGGGAUCAAGCCGUAUCUGUCUCAAUUGCGUCAGGGCCCCCCAGCUUACUCCAUGGGCUGCUCCGGGGCGCUUGUGACGUCGUCCAUAGUGCUUUUUGCCGGUUCUUGCGUCAAGUCGUACCCCUCCCACGGCUGGGUGGCAAUUGGACCACCCUACAAACAUGGCAAAGAAGACAACGGCGAGUGGAUUCAAAUCGAGUCGAAAACGUUUCAUCCUCGUUUGAGCACCACUACGUUCGAGUACGACGUGGUCGUGGUCAAAUUGGUGUCCCCGUCCAAACACGAUCCUGUGGUCAUCUUGUGGGACGAUGCCCCGCCAGGGUCUACCGCGUGGGUCCGGGGCUGGAUGCCGCGAAAUCGAACGGACCGUAACCUUUACGAAGCCCCCGUUCGCAUCGAGACUACGGCCACAUGCAGAUCGCAGCUUCCAUGGCUCGACUUCAAAACGAUCCAAUGUGCUUCGAACGAUGCGAUUCAAAAUUGUUUUACCGGUAUCGAUGGACCGUUGACCACGACGACCAAGAGUGGCGUCGAUGCCCUGCUGGGUCUCUUGAGUUUGCAGCUCAGUUGCUUUGAGGUGAACCGUCCAAGCGACUACAGCCGCCUUUCCAAACUCCGCGACUUUGUUGAGCCGUUGUUGUGUCCCCUGAACGUGUAG